AUGGGUUCAGUAUCCAAUUCCCUGGUCUUAUCACCAGCAACUCAAGAAGACAUCCCCGCCAUCGUGGACGUCUGGUUCGACGCCUUCACCCAGCCCGUGAUCGGGAAACUAUUCCCCGACACACCAGGGAUGCGCCAGUGGUUCCGCGACUGCCACACCCUCGACAUGCAAACCAAGCCCCUCCAGAAAUACGUGCGCGUAGUCGACGAAGACGCAAAGGACGCGCAGGGCCGCCCACGCCUCGUGGCCUUUGGCAAAUGGGACCUCUCCACGCCCGAAGAGCGCGGUCGCCGCUUUCCACUAUGGCAUAUCGACUCGCCGUUCCAGGAUUGCGAAAAUCUGAUUAAGGGGCUGGAUGGGGAGAGGAAACGUGUGAUGGGUGAUCAGAAACAUUACUAUCUGGAUACCGUCGGAACACAUCCGAACUACCAACGGCGUGGGGCUGGCUCGAUGAUCGUCAAAUGGGGCUGCGAUCUGGCCGACCACGAUGGCGUGGCCGCCUACGUGGAUGCAAGCAAAGAGGGAGCCCCACUGUACAAGCGAUUCGGCUUCGAGGACUUCAGUAAGCCCGAUGAAGAGAUUGCCUCGAUGGCUCGGGCCCAACGUGCAUGA